UCCCUCACUGGAGAUGUUCGAGAACUGUCAGCAGGCAAUUUUGUGCAAUGUCCUCUAGGACGACCCUGCUUGAGCAGGGAGAUUGGACCACGUGAUCCACUGUGGUCCCUUCCAACCUGACCCAUUCUGUGAUCAUCCAUGAGGAGCCACUAUAAAAAGGCCAGAUCCUCUCUUCCUCCUUUUGCAAAGCUCUGCUUCUUAUUCAUGAAUGUUAUUCUUGCAUAAUAAUAAUUCAAAUAGAAAGAUCUUGCACAUGCAAACAUUCUUUCAGGCACUUGUGGAUCCCACACUCCAAGACCCUAUUAAUGUAGAUAACUGUAUUAUCUAAAAUACUCCACAGUUAUGCUUCAGGAACCAAACUCUUUAUUGUAGAACUUUGGCGCUCCAGAGUCACUAAAAUCUGAAAAUCCUUUGCCCACAACUAAAAGUGUAGUAGAUGAUUAUAUUUUCAUCAGGUAAUUCUAGAAGCUAUGGAUAUACUCUUCAGAAUAAGAGGAGGCUUGGAUCUUGCAUUUCAGCUAGCAACUACUGAUGAGGCAUCAACAAAAAAGGCAUUAGGAUAUGUUUUCAGUGAUCUUGCAAACAAAUUGUCCUCAGAGGUUCUUGUAUUAAGAAUUUGCCACAGUUCAGUGUAUGUGUGGCCUAACAAUGGUAUGACCACAGUUCCAGAUCUGACUGAUGAGUCUGCGUGUAAGGAGAUAACACGAUUUAUCCAAUUUGAUCAAGAUGACGAGACCAAACGAAAGCCUGGCAAAAAGAAGGAUAAGAAGUUACAAGAUACGCAGCAGAUAGUCAAUGUAGACCUCAUGUUGGAAAUGACAUCUUCUUUAGCUGCUUUGGCUCCAGUCAUUGAAAGGGAAAAUAAGGAACACCACUACAUAAAUAUGACAUUACCAGUUGAUGUUGUUGUAUCUGUUUCUCCAGAAGAAACGUGGGGAAAGGUACAAAAUCUCCUGGUGAAAGCAAUUCAUGGGCAAUUAGAUGACAUGGAAAGAUGUAUCAUGAAAUACGUGAAAGGAACAUCAAUUGUGGUACCAGAACAAUUUCAUUUCAUGUUACCAGGAAAAAAUCAUCUUGUAACAAUCUCAUAUCCUACAGGUAUUUCAGAUGAUCAACUGGAAAGUUACAGAAAGGAAUUGCAUGGGUUAUACAAUCUGCCUUGUGACAGACCAUAUUUCAAGAGAGCAAAUGCUUAUCAUUUUCCAGAUGAACCAUAUAAAGAUGGAUAUCUCAGAAAUCCACACGUACAUCUUAAUUCGCCUGGUAUGGAGCCUGGUAUGGUUUAUUUAGUACAUGGUGUGUAUAGUUAUCACCACUAUAUGCAGGAUCGGACUGAUGACAGUGGUUGGGGCUGUGCCUAUAGGUCUUUGCAGACAAUCUGCUCUUGGUUCAAGCACCAAGGUUACAUUGACAGACCUAUACCAACACACAAGGAAAUUCAACAGGCACUGGUUGAUGCUGGAGACAAGCCUGCAGCAUUUGUUGGAUCACGGCAAUGGAUUGGUUCAAUUGAGGUACAGCUUGUUCUGAAUCAGCUUUUUGGAAUAACAUCCAAAAUAUUAUUUGUCAGCAAGGGUUCUGAACUAGCACUGCAGGGAAGAGAGCUUGCUAAUCAUUUCAAGACUGAGGGAACUCCAAUUAUGAUUGGUGGAGGUAUUUUAGCUCACACGAUAUUAGGAGUGGCUUGGAAUGAGAUUACAGGGCAAAUAAAAUAUUUGAUUCUAGACCCACAUUACACCGGAGGAGAAGAUCUGCAUGCUGUUUUGGAAAAGGGCUGCUGUGGAUGGAAGGGCCCGGAGUUUUGGAACAAGGAUGCCUAUUAUAAUCUGUGCCUACCUCAACGACCAAAAGCUAUUUAAAUUCCUCUCUUGUGCUGGAACAUGCUACACCAGAAUACUAGCUGAUCUAGAUAAAACUGCCCUGUUAUUUAUCAAAAGAAUGCUUUAAGUCAAUCAAAACUCAGUUGAAAUAGAAACAUUGCUGGCGUAAUUUAAAUUAAGAAACUUUUUUUUUAAAUGAAACCUCUAGAAAUAAGAGUUAUCUGCUGUGAACUGCAUUCCUUACAAAUGCAUUUAUUAGGCAACUAAUAUCUGUUCUUUUCCCUAAUGCAACUUUAUAUUUAUAUAGCAAUUUUUGCUAUGCUAAAAUCUUUACAGAUUAAAUGCCCAAUCCUUUUAUUUUAUGGAUUUCUUUCAUGACGAAAAGAUGAACUGUCCUCUGCCUUUCAGAUUCUACACAGCCAGCUGUCUUGUGGACUGUGAAUCUGUUCAAAGGCAUCGUUUGCUGCUGGCACUGUCAAUGGUGGCCUUUUGGGAGUGGGAAAAAAAUGGCUAUAUGUACUGAAUUUUAUGAAUUCUGCUCUCAUAUUUACACAGAAAAAAAAAUCAAGAGAAUUAAUUGUCACAUGCUCAUUUAUUUAUAGCUGUAUGAAUACAACUAUUGGGAGGGAACCACAACAUUCUUCUGUAAGAAGUAACAAUAAACAAGCUUUCCUCCUUCUCAGAAGGAGACAAUGUCCCAGCAUACACAUCUGGCUGCUCAAUGUAUCAUCCAGUCAUGUUUCUUCAGACUUCGGAUUCCCCAUAUUUCAUGUUGGGAUUACAGGCUGUUUCUUCUGGCAGCAAGGAAACAAGAUCUGUCAUCUGAAUAAACAACAAUAAGUCUGUAGCUUCUACAUCAGUACACCAGUAAGAGUACCUAUUUUUUUUCCCCUUUGUUAAAGUAGUUGUUCCAGUGGCAUUCCCCAUGCACUGUCCGUUUCCAAGAAGACCAUAACCUUAACUACCUAUGCAAGUUCAUCCUUACCAGCAGGCUUCUAUAUCUAACUGCUAUGUGUCUAAAACCAUUUACUUGGACGCUGAAAACAUUUAGAAAAAUAUUCUGGAUUGUAUUAAACUAACUGUGUUACACACCA